UUAAAUGAAUCAUAUUUUUAAUAACUCUCAAUAUAUUCUUAUCAUAUUGUGUUUAAUAUUUUUACAGGAAAGUAAACAUAUAUUAAAUGUAUUAUAGCUAUAAAAUAAUCAUAUUCAUAUUACUUCUUUGAAUUACAUCAUAGACUUACAAAAAGACUUUUUAAAACACAGAAAGACAGACACAUAAUCAGCCAUACUUAUUUCAGAGUAUGAAUAUAUUAGCAUUGAUUUUAUUAUCAGUAAAGUGUUGAAUAACCUUGAUUGAAAGUUGCAAUCAGGCAUAGAUUAAGUCAGUGAGAAGUUUAAUAGUGAGUGAUAUAUCUUACUGAAAGUGUAAAUUGUUACAAGUGUACAGAGUGAAUAUAGACCAACUUGAAGUUCACCAACUGAUUAAUUUAUUGAUGAAGAGCGUAAAGAGGCUUGUAUUGCUUUUUUUGCAUUUGACAAUUUAGAAUUGUAUACAGAUAGUUGGGUUGCAUUUGUAUACUAUAAUAUUUGUAUGUACACACACAGUCCAUGAUAUUGAUCAACUAUUUAAUGAGCUUUAAAUACCAGAAAUUUAAUGGCUAGAGCAUUUGUAACAUUUUACACCAAAAUAUAAUAAGUAAAUUUAAUUUAACAAAAUGUUAAAAAUUAAAAUCAUUCAUUGUAUUUACUUGUUUUAUUCAUUAUUCAUUUAGUUACUUGAGUUAUAAAGAAGUUUUUACGGCUGAUUUAAAAAAAUCCUUACAUUCUAUACCACUAGUUUCAUUUUGUUUUACUUAAAAAUUAAAACUCUAUUUUUUAUAACUUUUGUGCAUAUUACCAGAAAAAUGAAUCUAUGCCAUUUUUUUAAUAUCUCUUGGAUAUAAAUAACAAAAACGUGAUCGUUUUGCUUGCCUAUGCCCAGCCCUGGGAUUCAUUUUUGUGCUUUAAAGCUAGGAUGGAAUCAACUACAGUUAGGUAUGUUAAAGACAUAAAACUUUUUUGAACCAUCAUUCAGUGAUAAAAAAUAGUAUAUUAUAUUAAAUACAUCACCUAUUUUAGUUCCAAAUAGAUGACUGAGUAGUUAAGUUAACGGAUUUAUCAUCACCCAUCUUUAAUAAUAAUUUUAAUAUAACCAGAUAUUACGUUGGUAAAUAACAAUAAUAAUGAUAAUAAUACAUAAGUAGUCAAAGUUUAAGCUUCCAAGCCCACAUAAUCGUUGGUACUCAAAUUUGCAAUAUCCCAAAUUCUGACGUUUUUGUCCUCCUCAUUUUUGGUUAACUUUACCAGUCUUUCAUUCAGAGUAUUGUAGAGAUCAGUGAGGUUAAAUAUGAUCCUGGGUGAAAAAUAAACUUUUGUAUUGCAGGUGCAGGGGGUAAUCCUGGGAUGGCUAUAAUCACUGAUUAUUUUUUCAUAGACAUUCUACUGGUUUUAACCCCUGUAGUAUACUUUUUAGUUUGGUACCUCACAAACAACAAUAACUAUUGGAGUAAAAGAGGAGUGCCAAAUAUCAGAAAGGAACUUUUUCUUGGUAUUCUGACAGGGAGGCAGUCUCAAGCCGACAGCAUUCUAGAACUGUACAAGACGUUUGGGGGUGAAAGAUAUGGAGGAUUCUUCCAAUUAAGGAAACCAAUACUCAUGAUACGAGACCCAGAACUGAUACACAAAGUUCUUGUAAAGGACUUCACGUGUUUCCACGACAGAGAUCUGCCAGAGCUUAACUAUGAUCCUUUAUCAGCAAAUCUGUUUAGUUUAAAAGGUCAAGCGUGGAGAACCUUGCGCUCUAAAUUGAUCCCAACAUUUAGUAGCAGUAAAAUAAAAGGUAUGUUCGAUCAGGUAAUAAUGUCAUCUGAGAAAAUGAUAGAAAGCCUGGAAGGUUGUGCUGGAGAUGGUUCUGAUGUAGAAUCUAAAGCUGCACUAUCAGAAUUUACAUUGGAUGUGAUUGCGAGUUGUGCAUUUGGUAUCCAUUUAUCAACACAAAGACCUGACUUCAAUAAAUUUAAAACAGUGGUUAAAAAUAUAUUCACACCAUCAUUGUUGCAAGUAGUGAGAUUUUUAAUAGUCAUUCUAAUGCCAAAACUGGCUGAAAAGCUGAACUUGAGGCCAUUUCCAAAUGAGGUUGGAGACUACUUUAUAGGUUUGACAAGAGCAACAAUGAAGCAUCGUAAAGAUAACAAUAUUAAGAGGAAUGACUACUUCCAAUUGUUGCUGACACUCAAGGAGCAAGAAGAGGGUGAGAAGCACGUGGGACUGACAACAUCAGAUGUUACUGAAGAGGAUGCUGAUGUUGAGGCACAUUAUACAGCAGACUCAAAUGUUCAAUUCUCAUCUUCUGACAAUAAAAGAUUGUUCACAGAGGAAGUGAUCUGCGCGAACAGCUUCAUUUUCUUAAUUGGAUCAGAGUCCAUAUCAAACACUAUCAGUUUAGUACUCUUUGAGUUGUGCCGACAUCCAGACGUCCAGCUGAAACUGCAACAGGAAGUGGACUCAAUGCUGGUCAAGUGCGGCGGCUGGUCUUACGAGGCUGUCAGGGACAUGGUCUACUUGGAUCAGAUCAUCCAAGAAUCCCAGCGAAUGUACCCUGUCCUACCUUUACUGACAAGAGAGUGCACCAGAGACUACAAGAUCCCGGACUCGGACCUCACCAUAGAGAAAGGUGUACUUGUCAUGAUCCCCGUGGUGGCCCUGCACCAUGAUCCCCAGUACUAUCCUGACCCUGAGCAGUUCAAGCCUGAGAGGUUCCAAGGCAACAAUUUUAAGCCCAGCUCCACCUUCUUGCCGUUCGGUGAUGGACCGAGAAUAUGUAUCGCUAUGAGGUUUGCAAUGAUGGAAGUGAAGUCUUGUUUGGCCAGAAUCAUGUCCCAGUACUCGGUGAAGCUCAGCAGCAAGACUCAAGUGCCUCUCAAAUUUGUCCCAAGGUUGUUCACACUCCUUCAGUGAAAGGUGGAAUAUGGUUGUCAUUUACAAAACGGAGAACAGCAUAAAUUAAAUGGUUUUAGAG